AUGGAUCAUCUCAACCUGACUUGGACCCAGACUUUCAUCCUUGCUGGUUUUACGACCACUGGGACACUACGACCUCUUGCUUUCUUGGGGACCCUAUGCAUUUACCUCCUCACCCUUGCAGGGAACUUGUUCAUCAUUGUCGUGGUUCACGCAGAUUCUGGACUGUCCACACCCAUGUACUUCUUCAUCAGUGUCCUCUCUUUCCUGGAACUCUGGUACGUCAGCACCACGGUGCCCACRCUGCUGCACACCUUGCUCCACGGGCGCUCCCCCAUCCCGUCGGUCGCCUGCUUCCUCCAGCUGUAUGUCUUCCAUUCCUUGGGCAUGACUGAGUGUUACCUGUUGGGAGUCAUGGCGCUGGACCGCUACCUAGCCAUCUGCCGCCCACUGCACUACCACACACUCAUGAGCAGGCAGGUACAGCUGUGGCUAGCAGGGGCCACCUGGGUGGCUGGCUUCUCAGCAGCACUUGUGCCAGCCAGCCUCACUGCCACUCUGCCCUACUGCCUGAAGGAGGUCGCCCAUUACUUUUGUGACCUGGCUCCGCUAAUGCGGUUGGCGUGUGUGGACACCAGCUGGCACGCUCGGGUCUAUAUUACAGUGAUUGGCAUGAUCAACACCUGCAAUCUUGUUAUCAUUUUAGGACUCUAUGGGGGCAUCCUGAGGGCUGUGCUGAAGCUGCCCUCCGCUGCCAGUCGUGCCAAGGCCUUCUCCACCUGCUCCUCCCACAUAAUUGUGGUAACGCUCUUCUUUGGAUCUGCCUUCAUUGUGUAUGUUGGGCCACCUGAGAUCCGAGCUGAGGGCAGAGACAAACUCAUCGCCUUGGUGUACACUUUUCUUACCCCUUUUCUUAACCCUAUCAUUUAUACUCUUCGUAACAAGGAGGUGAAAGAGGCUGUUAGGAGGGUCAUCCAGAGGAUGAGGACUGUAUUGAAGACACCCUGA